UGAUCAGUGGAAAGAGCCGAAGACAUCGGCUCGGUCAUGUGAUCAGCUGUGUCCAAUCACAGCUGAUCACAUGGCACUGAUCCCCCUGAUGAUCAGUGUAGCCCUAUCAGUGCCACCUGUCAGUGUCCAUAUAAUGUCACCUGUCAGUGUCUGUCAAUGCCACCUGUCAGUGCCAAUCAAUGCACAUCAAUGCCAUAUAUGAUUGCUAAUCAAUGCCACAUAUCAGUGCCAAUCAAUGCCACAUAUCAGUGCCUACCAGUGCACAUAAAUGCCACAUAUCAGUGCCCAUCUGAGCUGCCUAUCAGUGCUAGUCAGUGCUGCCUAUGAGUGCUGCCAAUCAGUG